AGCUAUUAGCCUGUGGGCCGUUAAGCAUGCCGAGAACUUGCCGGGACGGGUUUGCUUCUGUUUUUUAGUGAGGUACAACGCUCACGCUUUCAGAGUUCUUAUAUAGGCUUAGCCUACGAGAAAUCAGCAGUCUUAGAGCUAAAUUUCGAAACACGACUAUCAGCUUGGUGCCGUACAUCGGUGACACUUACAUAAUGAGAAUUGAUAUAUAGGACACCGCAUCGUAAAACGCGUCCACCAACGCCCCGCUCACUGACACCAAUCCUUGACCAACCCCUAAAAUAUGACCGUAGUGUCAAAUGAUCCCAGUUGGUGGCCGGAAAUUGAAUUUUAUCAUGUUGGCAGCUAUUGUGCAGUCGCUUCUACUGUCGCAGUGAUAUACGAUUGGGCACUGACAUUUGAACAAGAGUUUGAACUUGUCUGGAAGAGACGCUUGUCCCUCAUGAGUAUUUUCUAUCUCAGUCUGCGCUAUGGUGGAAUACUAUACUCGAUCCUCGAUGUGCCGUCAAAUAUGAUGUCACUCUCGGUGACAGAUGCUGUGAGCACUUUUUUUGCUUUCGAACAAUGGUGGAUCAUGCCCAUUGCAAACACCAUCUUGGGUGUCAUCAUGAUUACUCGGUUGCAUGCUAUGUAUCAGCGAUCCAGAAAGAUGCUCAUCUUUCUCGUUGUAAUCUUCCUUGCCGUGACGAUUCCCAGUGCAGUGAUCAGCGUAAUACAAAGCGUGCACCUUAAAGGAGAGGAAUUUGUCCUUUCCGGUUUUCACGUGUGCAUUUUUGAAGGAACCGUUCAGCUCCCAGCAACCAUCACUUGGAUACUUGGCACUGUAUGGGAGGUCCUAGCACUGUUUCUUGCAGUCUGGAUUGCUGUAAAGCACUUCCGUGAACGACCACCGACAGGGUCGAUGAUCGAGGACACUUUUACGGUGUUAAUAAAAAGUCACAUAAUCUACUUUGCAUCCUUUGUUGCUGUCGCGUGCCUUGAAAUGAGCAUGUUGUCUCCAAAUCUCUGGAACUCAUCUGUGGGAGAUCAGAUUUAUUAUGGCAUUGUGCAAAUGUCUACGCUCAUGCAGAUGUUUGUGUUGGGACCGCGCCUCAUCCUUAGCGUUCGAGAAUAUAACGCUAAUGUCGUGACUGACUCUGAGGAAGCGCCUUGCGUUAGCGCAAUUGCUUUCCAGGAGCGCACAUACGUGUCAAAUGGUAGCAGUGUGUAGCACGGGACAUACUGCAACUUCAAGUGAUUGGCGUCUUGACACUUGUCACGAUACUCUGCACUAUGCAGGGAACACGAGUCUUGGUACUAAGUGCUGACUUGGUAUUUUAAUUGAAAUAGGUUUGGGGCAAAUAUGUACCAUCACGCAUUGUAUACAGCAGCAUCGCUUCUAUUUAGUAGUCUAUAGCAUCUACUUAUUGGUUAGAUUUGAGGAGCGAUGGAAAAGUGACGCAUUGGACCCG